AUGGGCCGCUCCACCGAGCCCGCGCCGCGCUGCCGCCUAGCUCGCCGCCCCCGGGGCGGACGCGAAGGGCUCCCCUUCCUCCUUCUCCUCUUCCGCCCGGCAAAGUUAGCGAGGAUCCAGCAGCUUCGGCAUCUCACCCCAGUGGCCUGGCAGCAGUGGCGGCCGCCCCUGCGCGUCCCUCCCCGCCUCCCUCAGGCUCAGCCCAGACACUGCAGUGGCUGCAACUGCGCCAGUGGCCGCUCUUCUGACUCCGUGCUCUCCGCCCUCUCUUUCCAGCCAGCUCAGUCCGGCCAGCUCCCCAGGAAGGGGGCCUGUUCCCCUUCUGGCUCUCUGUCCCCCUGCCACCACUCCUCCACUCCUGAAACACUUCUCCGUCUGUUGCUCUUUUUCAUCACAUCCGGAUCAGGAGGCCUCGAACUCUUGGCGGGCCGCCCAAGGCUGGGGGCGGUGCAACGUGGGCUCCCUCGCCCUGCACUGUCUGGGUCAGGAGGCCAAAGCCGGAACCGGCUGGCUCCGGGUCUUUAUUCUGGUCCAACAGGAACGUGGAUCAGUAAAACCAGUUGCACUUGCUUGAAUCAGCUGGAAGCAUCCAGGCAGACAAGGUUGACAUCCCAGAGGACGACCUGGCCCAGGGCCCCAAGCCAGGCCUUGCACAGUGAAUGGCUUCUGUGGCAAGAUAAACCUGUGGUCGGAAGUAAAAAGCCAACUAAGUAUCAGGCGUUCUGAUUGUAGCAUAACCUGAUGAGCCUAGAAUAACUUGUACGAAGCAAUUUGCAGGUACAAAGUACUUUAAUAAUAUAAUCAGGUAACUUUUGUUCUUUCAUUGCAAGCAAAAUGCAGAAUUCAUUUCUAGAAAGGUAGAACCAACUCAUGCUUUAAAUCUCUAGGCCAAGAGAGGAAAUCAGUUAUGUUGUCAACCUUGAAGAAAAUGUACACUGGAUGCAGCUUUCUAGGUGUAUCAAUAAUAUCCCAGGAAUUUCCUUUCUUUAAAAAACCCACUGGAAUUGAUUUCAACUGAUUGAAAAAAAAUCCAUUUCUUAACUUGAAAGUGCCAGUGCAACCCAACCUACUUUCAGUUAAACCUGAAGAACACAGACUUUGAAGUUGCUGAUGACAGUGAGGUCAAACUCUACAUCCCAAAAAAACAAAUGACAUUUUCCCUAAUGACCUAUGCCUAAUUUUUUUUCUUCUGUCUUUAGUUUAGACAUUUCAGAAACAGUGUGCAUAAAAGUGCCUUCACUUUGCUGAAAACUUGUACAGGGGCCUGGACUCUAGAAUCUGCUUGAUAGAAGCAGAUCAAUUCUGAGGAUGACUGCAGUUCCUUUAGAGAAUAAACGUUUAGAAAACAUCACUGUCUACUACAACAUUAUCUGCAAUCAAAGGAACAGGGUAGGAAGUAGCCACUCGGAAAGAUUGUGUUAUCCCUUUUUUGCACAUUUCCUUGACUUCUUUUUUUUUUCUAAUCCCCUCACAAAGAGGUUACAGUCCAUGAAUAUCAAGACGUUCUACAACUCUUCUACAAAGUCAUAGGCACAAUAAAUAUUUAUUAAUUUCACACGGAGUGCUUAAUGUUGCACACAUGGUAAGGGAUUCAAUAAAUACUUCUUGAAUUUAAACAUUUUACUUUUUAAUGAGGAAGGAAUAAAAUUCAAAUAAAAAUAUUAGGA